UGAUCCACUGCCCCCGCCGAAUGACGUCCAAGCGCCGCGUGUCGUACUUUUACGAUCAGGACGUGGGCAACUUCCACUACGGCCCUGGACACCCGAUGAAGCCGCACCGCCUGGCGCUGACGCACAACCUCGUCCUGAACUAUGGUCUCUACAAGAAGAUGGAAGUCUACCGUGCUUCACGCGCGACGGACAGCGACAUGCAGACCUUCCACGCCCCGGACUACAUUGACUUUCUCAAGAGAGUCACUCCGGAUAAUCUGAGCCAAUUCUCCCAAGCCUUGUCGAGAUUUAACGUUGGCGAGGAUUGCCCGGUAUUUGACGGCGUCUACGAUUUCUGCUCAAUCUACACGGGCGCAUCGCUCCAGGGUGCUGCCAAGCUCAAUCUACAAACGUCCGACAUUGCAGUCAACUGGUCGGGCGGUCUGCAUCACGCCAAAAAGUUUGAGGCGUCCGGAUUUUGCUACGUGAACGACAUUGUCAUUGCCAUUCUAGAGCUCCUAAAAUACCACCCGCGAGUGCUGUAUAUCGAUAUCGACAUCCACCACGGAGACGGCGUGCAGGAGGCAUUCUAUACGACAGACCGCGUCAUGACCGUCUCGUUCCACAAGUACGGCAACAACUUCUUCCCUGGCACGGGCGACCUGCACGAAGUGGGUGUCCAGAAGGGCAAGCUGCACAGCAUCAACGUGCCGCUCAAGGACGGCAUUGACGACUUUUCCUACAAGAUGCUGUUCAACCCCAUCAUUGGCGCCGUGAUGGAAAACUACCAGCCAACGGCAAUCGUGCUGCAAUGCGGCGCAGACUCGCUCGGCUGCGACCGUCUCGGCUGCUUCAACUUGAGCAUCAAGGGCCACGGCGAGUGUGUCAACUUUGUCAAGAGCUUUGGCGUGCCCACGCUGGUCGUCGGAGGCGGCGGCUACACCAUCCGCAACGUGGCGCGGUGCUGGACGUACGAGACCUCCUUGCUGGUGGACACGACCGUGUCGAAUGAUCUCCCGUUCAACGACUAUCUCGAGUACUUUGCCCCGGACUUUACGCUGCAUCCGGACACAAACACGCGCGUUGAAAACGAAAACUCGCGGACGUAUCUCGAGCAGCUCAAGAACAGCGUGCUCGAAAAUCUGCGCAGUUUGCAAGGCGCGCCUAGUGUUCAAAUGCACGAAGUCCCGCCAGACCUCAUCCCGCGCGAAGACCAAGACGACGAAGCAGACGAUCCAGACGAGCGCAUUUCCCAACGCGCAAGCGACAAGAUGGUCGAGCAUGAAAACGAGUUGUACGAAGACGAUCGGGACAAUGAUUUGAUUGAUAAUGAUGCCGUGGCCAACGGCACGCAUUCGUCGAACGCCAUGGUUGAGUGAAGCGCAAGUUUUUUUUUUGAUUCAUCAGAUUAUUUCAUCAAGAUUGCUUUAAUUCG